AUGAUGCAUGUGCAACGUUGGGUAAACCAUCUGUCGUGGAGUGGGGAUGGCACUUCCGGUCAAACGAAAUGGCACUAUUGGUAUCGUCAUAUCGAUGAAGAUCGAGAACUAACUCCACCUCCAAGCCGAACUUAUCUUUCUCGUUUGCCAUUCACACCGGAGGAGCAGCAAACAAUGCUUCGUUUCUUUACCCCGAACACAGAUUAUCGGCAUCCGCAAGCUGGUGCUGGCGGAGCAGCCCCAAAUACAUAUCCUUCGAAUCAGCUAUCCUUUCACAAUCAGCGCACAAACGCUUUGCAUCAAGCGGCUGCGGCUGCAAAUCAACACCUUCAAAUGUCCGCUCAGCAACAACAACAACGACAAGCUGCAGCAGCCGCAGCAGCAGCCGGGACCGGGAAUCCGAAUGCUGUUCCGGGUAAUACCCUUGAGCUAGAUCGGUGUGGUCCAAAUACCAAAUCCUCCGUUCCUCGUCGACUGGAUGUGGAACCGACCAGUGGAAGCCGGUUGUUUGCCGAGUGGGAAACACGUCUGAUCAGUCAUCUAUUCCAAGACUAUUUCCCCGGUCGACCUGAACCAAUGGGCAAUACAGGUGUGUUGCCUUCCUUGAACGAAGUCCGUUCACGGAUUGCCUCGUCUCGUCUGAAAGAGACUCGCACCGCAAUGGCUGUGCGGGCCAAAAUCAAACGCAUGCAAUCCUCAGGCACUUGGAUCGAAUAUCCUUAG